AUGGUGGCAUUCACUCUGAGUGCUCUCGCACUGGUACUGCAGAAAUGCGGUGCUGAGUGGAGGCAAUUCUUGACGUUGGGAGAUGUCGGCAAAGAAAAGGACAUCUGCACGGCAUUGAAAGUCUGUGCUGAUGAUCUCAUCAAGAUCGAGGAAGGGGAGUUGGCCACGAAGAUCAAUCUUUCGAACUCUUAUGACGUGCAGACUUUGCUCAAAUUUAUUGAUCUGGUCUCGGAGCUCUUUGACAACACGAUGCCUGAACGUGUCAGCAUGUCAAGAGUUAAUCCAUCAGUGAUGAACCGGCGUUCAAUUGCAUCAGCAGCUUCCGAUUUGAAGUUCCAAGAAUCUCAGGGAUCCCUUAGCUCGACAGAUCCCGCAGAUCUGGCAGAUCCGGAAACAAACCGGGGAUCCAUCGUGUCCAAUGUGUCCAAUGUGUCCAACGUGGAGUCGUCAGGUGCGGCAGACGCGGAAACACAUGAAGCACAGGAACCAGAGGCACCGGCACCGGAGCCAGAAGCGCGCAGGAAGAUCAUUAUGGCCUAUAGACAGCUUAGCCUUUGA